UUUUGCGUGCGGUCGUCGUGGACGUGUGAGUGCGUUGUGUAGUCGGGUGCUCCGUCGUGGCGUUCGUCGUUUGCAGGGCACACGAUAAACCGCGAUCACGCGAUCAAGUGCAAAAUGUCGCAGGCGUCGCCGAUGAGGAAGCGACAGUGCACCAGACAGCUGAAACCCGACGCGAAUCCGGAACCGACGGCCCUAAAGUCGGUCGGGCCUGUCGCCCGUCCUAGCGGGCCCGUCCCCGUCCAGCGAGGCUCCGCUCCGCUGGCUCAGUCUCCCAAAAUGGCGCAUAGGGGUAAAAAGCUCGCCUGUGCACCGGACGCCACGAACUACAUAUCUCGCAUGAGGGAGCGCAAACAGAAGAAGCUCUACUCCGAGGACUGGGCGCUGGGCGAUGAGGACAUCGAGGGCCGGCGCACGUUCAACCUGCAGGAGAAGCUGGACGACCCGGCGUUCGCGGCCAGCGGCGUCGUCCGGGAGAUGCACGGCUCCGAGCUGACGGUCGCCUACUUCCAGCGGCACGGCUUCAACACGCCGCUGCUGUUCAGGGAGAAGGCCGGCCUGGGUCUGCGGGUGCCGACGUCGAACUUCACCGUCGACGACGUCCGCAUGUGCGUCGGCUCGCGGCGCGUCCUCGACGUGAUGGACGUGAACACGCAGAAGAACAGCGAGAUGACGAUGAAGGACUGGCAGCGGUACUACGAGGACCCGAACAAGGACAAGCUGCUCAACGUCAUCUCGCUGGAGUUCUCGCACACCAAGCUGGAGAACUACGUCCAGAGCCCAACUGUAGUACGACAAGUAGACUGGGUGGAUUGUGUCUGGCCCAGACACCUCAAGGACAGCCAGACGGAAGCCACCAAUUUGUUAGAAGACAUGAAAUAUCCAAAAGUUCAAAAAUAUUGCCUUAUGUCCGUAAAGGGGUGCUACACAGAUUUCCACAUUGAUUUUGGCGGAACGUCCGUUUGGUACCACAUUAUAAAAGGUGGCAAAGUGUUUUGGCUGAUCCCGCCAACAGAACACAACCUGGACCUGUACGAACGUUGGGUGCUCAGCGGCAAACAGUCCGACAUAUUCUUCGGCGACACGGUGGAGAAGUGCGUGCGCAUCGAAUUGCGGGAGGGCAACACGUUCUUCAUCCCCACCGGCUGGAUACAUGCCGUCUACACGCCAGUCGACUCCCUAAUAUUCGGGGGCAACUUCCUGCACUCCUACGGCAUCGACAAGCAACUGAAGGUGGCCCAGGUGGAGGACAACACCAAAGUGCCGCAGAAGUUCCGCUACCCCUUCUUCACCGAGAUGCUGUGGUACGUGCUGGAGAGGUACGUGUACUGCCUGCUGGGCAACUCCCACCUGACCACCGGUCAGCACAAUCCGCUUCCCGACGACAAACCUCACGUGCACUUAACGCAAGCCGAGCUACACGGUUUAAAGGAAAUAGUGAUGUACUUACACAUGCUGCCUCCUAACAAGAAGAACCUACCAGAACUGAUCAAAGACCCGAUUUCCCUUAUCCAGGACGUAAGGACGUUAAUAGGGCUGCACCGGCUGGACAACCGUGAACUGGCCAUCACCGGACGUCCAGUACUGGUGGCCUUCGACGACCUGGACAAGAGGAAAAUCAAGCCUCCACUCGUCAACCGGAACAACAUCAAUAGGCCACCCAAAAUGAUGAAGUCGGGGAAGUUGGGCCCGGUGGAUAAGGGAGGCCCGAGGCGACGACGUACAAGGUGUAAGAAGUGCGAGGCCUGCAUCAGGAGCGACUGCAGCGAGUGCAGCUUCUGUCUGGACAUGGUGAAGUUUGGCGGGCCGGGAAGGGCGAAGCAGACGUGCGUGAUGCGUCAGUGCUUGCAGCCGAUGUUGCCGGUGACGGCCGCCUGUUCCAAUUGCGGACUGGACGGGUGGAUGCAGACGCCGGUGGCGCCGCUGCAGAAGGGACCACAGAGGUGUGAGAGCGCCAGCAGUUUGAUGGAGUGUUCGGUGUGCUACGAGAUCACGCAUCCAAUUUGCGUGCAACGUUUGUAUCCGGACAGUCCAGGCUAUAUUAACGAGGACAUGCCCAAUUCCUGGGAGUGUCCGAUAUGUUGCAAGUUGGGCAAAAACACGGAUUACAGGCCACGUCACUUCCGGGCCCGCCAGAAAUCCUCGGACAUGCGUAGGGUGUCCAUCAGCUCAGACGCCUCCAGCGCCUUCGACACCACCAAAGUGAAAGAGGACAACUUGUCCGACUCGGGCAGCGAAAACGACAAUAAAGACCACAAAGAACUGUUGCCGAUCAAGAAGCGGCGGUCCAGCGAAAGCAACGAGGUGGAAACGAAGUCGCAGCCCGUUCCGGACCCAUCCAGGAAGACGUUGUUCCGGAUGCAGCUGGCCCAGCAGAUUGCCAGCAACUCAACCAAACAACUGAAGAAGCCCAUGAUGGUGGUGAGGCCUGCGCCGCUGAUGAUGAACCCGAUGUCGGUCAACAACUUGACCAUGGACAAGCGUUGCGUGCUCAGCGUCUUCAAGUAUCUGUCGGUGAAGGACCUAACGAACUGUGCGUUGGUGUGCAAAACGUGGGCCACCUACUCCAUCGACCCGAGCCUGUGGAAGACCAUCGAGUUCAACAGGAAGCACAUAUCCUCCGACAUUCUGAAGGGCGUGGUGAAGCGUCAGCCUGAAGUGCUGCGUCUGGACUGGUGCCACAUCAACAAGUUCCAGCUACCCUGGCUGAUACAACGUCUGAACCACCUCAAGGAGCUGGUGCUCAUUGGCGUGAACGUCAAGUCCGCCAUAUCGCUGAAGUCCAACUACUGCCCGGUGCUGGAGACCCUGGACCUCAGCUUCAUAUCGGACUUCAACGACGCGGCCCUGCGGGACAUCCUGGGCCCCAACAACGACUCGAGACGCGGCCCCGACGACCGCGUCCGCUUCCGCAGGGUAAAGACGUUCAACAUAGCCGGCACCGACAUAACCGACAUAGCCCUGCGGUACGUUACCCAGUACCUGCCCAGUCUGGAGCACCUGAGCCUCUCGCACUGUCCCCGCAUCUCGGACGCGGGCAUAGCCCAACUGUCCACCAAGCCGGCCAACACGGUCACCAAUCUGAUCUCUCUCGAUUUGAGCCACUCGAAACUGGUGACCGAGAGCAGCCUCGACCACCUCUCGAAGUGCGAGAGCCUGAUCAGGCUGGACUGCAGGCACAACAUGCAGAUUUCCACUCAGGCGUUGAUCAAGUUCGCGGCCAAGAGCGAGAGGAAUCUGCAGGUCAGGGACGUGAAACUGGUCGACAGGCGGCGAGUGCAAUGAACACUGUGAUCGAGUCUGUCGGAGGACGCCGCAUAUCAGAUGCUUCGCGUGGUGCCAGGGGCCCCUUGAAAAUUCUCUUUUUGGUUUUAGUUCGUUCUUAGAUUAUUUUUGUUAGGUGUCGUGUUUUUUUUUAUAUUUUAACCCCCGUUUUGACUGAUUACUUAAGGCCGCUGCAACGUUUCACCUGUCGAAUGUUAUUAUGUGAGGUGUGAAGGACUACUACGGUUCUUGCACUGCGUUUUCACCACUGGACGUUUAUGGAUUUAGUUUGUUUUUUGUGACGUCUCUUACGUGAAAUUGCCAUUUCAUCAGACAGACGCGAUGUACCAGGAAACACAGCAAAACAAAAAAAAAACAAUUUUCAGUACCAAAGUUUAAUUAUCUUAUAUAUUGUGAUGCGUACAUACGUAAAAAAAGAUUAUGUACAUAUAUAGAUUUUAAUUUAUUUAGAUAUAUUUGCUUGAUUUUUUACUUAUGUUUUAAGUCUUUCAUUGAAAUUGAUUCUUUAAUGGAAACUUCGUUCGGCUACGACUGUGUAUAUUUAAUUAUGUCACAUUAGUUGUAUUUCAUCAAUUCAUUAUUUUUUUUAAAUGUAUACAAGUUGUGGCUGACAGUCUUGUGCAAUUAAGAAGUGCACACUUUUCUAUAAAGUAUUACUUAUAUCUGUAAGAAACAUAUUUUUUGGUUACUUUAUAAGAUUUAUAGCGAAAUACAUUUUUUCUACUAAA